UCUCCGCAGGACAAUUUCGAAAAGCGCAGGAGCUCCAACGGGACAGCGCCAGCCGAGCUCUGGAUUCAGCCCGAUUGCUGGAUUACCCCACUCCCGAAUCAGUUCGUUACUACCCUCCACCACCCCACGACAGAAGUUGGGACUCAUAAAUUCACGCUGCGCCGAUCUGAUUGUUUACAACUUUCCCAACUCUCGACUAGUGACAAAUGUAACAGUACGAAGAAUUGAACGUCUCAUGAUGCCUUGCUGGAUACAUUCAUUGCAAAAGUUACCAACAAAUCGAGUGUGACCACGGGCUAGAAGGUACAAGAAGAGCCAUCUGGGGAUGAUCUUAUGUUUGUUUCUGUCAUCGUUUAUCGCUUUUCUGUUAGCUAACCAAGAGGCGGUGCAGCAAAUCGAACAGCAGACCUCGGUCAGCGUUCCUGGAGAUAUAGUGCUGGGUGGGUUGUUUCCGGUACACGAAAAAGGCGAACGAACACCAUGCGGCGUCAAAAUAUACCACCGCGGCAUCCAAAGGCUGGAAGCGAUGAUGUUUGCUAUAGAUCGCAUAAACAAAGAGCCAAAGAUAUUGCCAAAUAUCACUUUAGGCGUUCAUAUUAUCGACACAUGUUCGAGAGACACCUAUGCGCUAAAUCAAUCGCUUCAAUUCGUUAGAGCAUCGGCGUUGAACAACAUAGACACGUCGGCUUUCGAAUGUCAAGACCACUCUAACCCCCGACCGAAGAACAAUUCGUCUGGGCCAGUGUUCGGUGUUGUCGGUGGUAGUUACAGUUCGGUAUCACUUCAAGUAGCUAACUUACUCGGGCUUUUUCGUAUCCCACAAAUAUCUCCCGCUUCCACCGCUAAAGCUCUCAGCGACAAGACUCGUUUUAAAUAUUUCGCUAGAACGGUACCACCGGAUACGUUUCAAUCGAGUGCUUUAGUGGAUAUCGUUAAGAGUAUCAACUGGUCUUACGUUUCGACGGUAUAUUCGGAAGGGUCGUACGGCGAAUACGGUAUCGAAGUAUUUCAUCGCGAAGCACAAGAACGGAACGUUUGUAUUGCGGCAGCCGAAAAAGUCCCCAGUACCGCGGACGAAAAGGAAUUCGAUAACAUCAUAGCCAAGUUGAAAAAGAAAGCAAACGCUAGGGGAGUUGUUUUAUUCACGCGGGCAGAAGACGCCAGGAGAAUCCUUAUGGCGGCUAAACGAGGUAACGCCACUGACUAUUUCUACUGGGUGGCCAGUGAUGGAUGGGGAAAGCAGCAAAAGCUUCUAGAAGGUGUCGAAGACGUCGCCGAAGGCGCCAUUACAGUAGAACUUCAAUCCGAUAUAAUACCCGAAUUCGACGAAUAUAUGAUGACGCUGACACCCGAAACUAAUACCAGAAACCCAUGGUUUGAACAAUAUUGGGAAGAUUUCUUUCAAUGCGUCCUUCAGAAAAAUGUCCCGUUAGAAACCAACGUGUCCAUAAACGUAUGCGCUGACGAUCUUCAACUUACUCCUGAAUAUGGGUACGAACAAGAAAGUAAAGCUCAAUUCGUCGUAGACGCAGUUUACGCGUUUGGAUUAGCUCUCAAUAAUUUAUACAACGAUGUCUGUGCAGCUAAUGAACAACAGGGUGUAUGCCCGGCUAUGGCUCAAUAUGAUGGCGGUGAAUUUUACCAGAAUUAUAUCCUAGACGUCGCAUUUAAAGAUUUGGUAGGAAGUCCGGUUAAGUUUGACAAAAGCGGUGACGGCCUUGCCAGAUACGACAUUCUCAAUUACCAAAGGCUACCUAACUCCUCCGGAUAUCAUUACAAGGUUGUCGGGAAAUGGUUCAAUUCCUUGGAAUUAAACCAAGAAAUUCUAGUAUUCGAUCACAACUUGACAACGGCGCCGGUUUCAGCAUGUUCCCUUCCAUGCGCUGUGGGCAUGAUAAAAAAGCAACAGGGAGAUACGUGUUGUUGGAUCUGUGAUAAAUGCGAAGACUACGAAUAUGUAUUCGAUGAAUUUACUUGCAAAGAUUGUGGGCCUGGAUUUUGGCCCUACGAGGACAAACUGUCCUGCUACCCUCUGGAAUUACAGUAUAUGCGUUGGGAUUCGCCGUACGCAAUCGUUCCGUCAGCGUUUUCCUGCUUGGGCAUUUUGAUUACUUUCGCCGUAAUAGGUUUGUUCAUAAAACACAACGACACACCACUGGUUAGAGCAUCCGGCCGGGAGCUCAGCUACAUGCUCCUAUUCGGAAUCCUGCUCUGUUAUUUGAAUACGUUCGCUCUUCUGGCAAAGCCAUCCACGGCCGUUUGCAUCACGCAAAGGUUCGGAGUUGGAGUCGGAUUUUCUAUAAUUUACGGAGCCCUACUUACGAAAACCAACAGGAUUUCCCGAAUAUUCGAUUCGGCAUCGAAAUCAGCUAAGAGGCCCAGCUAUAUUAGUCCUAAAUCGCAAGUAAUGAUCACAAGCUCCUUGAUUGCCAUCCAGAUAAUUCUCACUUUAGUCUGGAUGAUUAUCGAACCUCCUGGCACAAGAUUUUACUACCCCACUAGACGAACUGUUAUUCUCAAAUGCAAGAUACAAGACAUGUCUUUCCUGUUCUCUCAGCUCUACAAUAUGCUCCUGAUUACAAUUUGCACGGUUUACGCCGUAAAAACGAGAAAAAUUCCGGAAAACUUUAAUGAGUCGAAAUUCAUCGGAUUUACCAUGUACACCACGUGCAUCAUUUGGCUAGCUUUCAUUCCCAUCUACUUUGGCACAGGAAACGCCUACGAGACCCAAAUAACAACUCUCUGCGUGGCUACAAGCAUGAACGCCACGGUAGCGUUGGUUUGCCUCUACUCGCCGAAAGUCUACAUUAUCGUGUUCCAUCCGGAUAAAAAUGUUCGCAAACUAACUAUGAACAGCGCGGCAUACAAGAAAUACAACACCGGACCGUCAACUUCGUACGCAACUUCCUCUAUUUCGACAAAAGGAACCCCAGGUGAAGGUAUACCGAUGGAAAGAGUUGGGGUCGCUACUCCCUCUCGCAGCUCAUGCGCUGGGGUUCAAACUGAUCCCCCCGAAUCCACAGAACCUUCUGACGCUAUUUCAUUAUUGUAAACAAGCAAAAUUUGAGAAAUUCAUAAUUUCAAAUGAAGCGCAGAAAUAAGAAGUAAGUGAUAACAUCCACCUACGACAUUUUCAAAAAUUUAGAGGGAAAUUACGCAGAAAAUAACGAAGAUUUAAACUAGAUAUACGCAUGUAGCGCUAAAUAGGAUGAUUUAAAAUUCGCAAAAAGAAAAUACGGUGAUGUCGAUCGUGAUUACCUAGUCCGCUUUUCUCAAUAAAAAUUCGUUGUUUUGCGAGAAUUCAAAAUACUCAUCGUCUUAAAAAUUAAAAAAAAAACAGGAAGUUUGCUAAAUAUAUACAAUACGAUGCAUACAUUCACACCUAUCAUGUUUAUAUAGCGACAUUAAAGAAACAUAUCAAUAUCCGCUUCGCAUUUUGAAAUUAAUUACUCAUAUGUAUAUAAAUCUCUUUUUUUCUAAUAAAUUUACGAACAACCUACUAUAAAGCCUAUACAAAAAUGACUAGCCAACGGUGUAUCGGAUCCGAUAUCGGCUAUCGAAUAAUAGAAAAAUUAUAGGAGCUAGUUUUCGUCUGAACACGAGACAUUGCGCAUUAAAAAAAAAACUGGGAUUGGGAUUUACGACCCGCAUUGUUUCAUCUAUCCGCACCAAAUUGUUAAUGUUCGAUGUUAGUUCGGCAAAAUUUCUUGAGAUAAACCUAGAGGCUGUAUUAUAUUCGAUCUACCGGUACAUUGACCAGCGCAAUAAAUAUUAAUUAAAGUUAACUAUUUCCCAAGCGAGGCAAUAUAAUUUUAGUAAUAUCAGUUUCGAAUGACAUAUACGGUAUAAUUUAUUAUAGUACCAAUAAAUUAGAUAAGUUCACUUAGAAGGUGAUUCGAAAUUUAAUCUUGUAUAUAAAUAUGUAGGUAAUGAUGGACUAGGGCAAAAUUAAUGCACGCUUUACCACCCGGUUAUAUAAAUCGGGAGCUUGAAGGUGAAGAAGUGAAAAUUUUGCAAAGUUCCGUAGACAAACAAUAAUAAAAUUGUGUCAUUAUACAUGUAGUCUUUCCGCUAGAAGCAAGACUGUUAACAAACAAUAAAACAUAUAAAACUGAUUUUAACAUUGACUGUUACUGCAAUUUUUCUUAAAAUUCACGUAUAAGAUCAAGUUAAUUUGUAUUUGAAAGAAUAAUAUUUUUAUUUUUCUGACGAAAUAGGUUGGUUCGUUAGGGUGAUUCACGUUGAGUAGUCCUAUUAAAAGUCUGGAGGGAGAUAUGGUAUUUUCACGAAUGCGGCAAAUCAAUCAAACUCCCAGAAGAAACUUUGAAGUUUUGGAUAACAUAACGUAGUUAUUUCCUGAAAAAAAAUAAAAAUAAAAACCAUUACUUGUCGAAAGUUAUCAUUGUCUUUGGGUAGAUUCGCUUAAUUUGUUUCUACGACCCUAACACAAAUUGGAAAAAAUUCUCUAUUUUAAUUCUCCAGAACUUUUAAUAGGCCAUAAGACGGGAAUCAUCCGGUAUAUAUAAGAUUAAGGAAUGUUAAUAUUUUACAUAUUUUUCGAAAAAUGAAAACACGUUAAAGGACUUUCCAGGCUAACAAGGAGAAAAGAAAACAAACUCGAUAACAACAUUUUUAUUAUACUCAUAAAUAUUUAGAACAAUAUAAGCAGCAUUUGGUGUGACCACAUCCCGCAACGAUUGUUUCGCUUUUACAACCUACCGCAAAUAGCUUUAAAAUGUAAUGUGCUUCUGAGAUACAUACGGGUUUUUUAAAGCAUUUUACGGCCUCUUUAAAUUUGAGCUGCUUCGUAGUAUUCCUGAUUUUUAAAUGAAACCAAUUCCAGAAAUAAUUUGAAACCCUAUACGACAUAAAAUAUUCGCAAAGGAAAUUCGAAAAAAUCCAGUCAUAUCAUUCAUCAUUAAACUCAUUUUUGCGUACUUACCGAGUUGACUGCUACGCCUUAAUCAAUACAUAUUUUUCUGUUCUAUUUGUUUUAAAACACGUCCAUUUGUGUGAUUAGAUUGUCAAAAUUAGUAAAUUAUUCCACGCAAAUCAACAUUGCAAGUAAAUGAACGUCGAUCACGUAAUAUGUGGCUCUUAUAAACAUAUGUACGCUUAGUCCAUGACGGUCGGCAUACAGAGCGUCAUUUAUAAACUGCAUGAAAUAAAUCAAAGUAUGCGGUCUUUUAUUAUUGUUUUUUUAACCAAGGCCUUAUUCGCGCACAACCUAAGUAGCUCCAAAGUUAAUGUUAAAUGGCUAAAGGUGAUUUACAAAACACGCGCAUGUAUCUCAUGACUUUCGACAAAAAGCCUAAUGUGUCACCUACACUAGGAAACCCAUCCUAUCGGAAAGGUUUGGGAUGCUUGUCGCCUCAAAAAGGGGAAAAAAGUUGCGCCUUGGUGGUAGUUUGGUCCUAUUUGUGUCUCUAAUAAACACUAAUUGUCAUUCUUCAUUUUACUCGUAACGCAGGUGUUUUAUGUGUCUAUGUUUCUUUUCUUAAGGUUACGAUUAUAACUUUUGCUGAAUACUUAGAAUGGAAUACUAGCACUAUAAGAUACGAUUUUUUUUUGUUAAAAUAGUCAUACAUUAUUUAAUCGAUAUUUAAAAAUUGCGAGUUUCGAGUAUUCCUGGCAAAUAAAAAAAAGAUAUUGAGCACGUGGCUACCAAAACAAAUGCCAUUUCUAAGAUAUCAGCAGAAGUUAUUUUAUUGCAGGUUUCUUCUGAUCGACAAAAUAUGAUGUGCUGUUCAAUGUUUUUAAUGGAAGUCUCAAUGUUUAUUUGUCACAGGGAUGCAAUCCUAAAUAAAUAGCAAGUUAGAAAAAAUAUAUAAAGAAAAUAUUUACCGAUUUCUCUUAAAUGUGAGUGUUGGCUUUUCUUACUUUGAUUUUAGAAAAUGCUAUACUAUCGCACUUCAAUGUUGAUCAUAGAGAUCUAAAGAAACCGUGUUGCAGAUGUCGCUCUCUAUCAUUUCGUUUCAAUUUCCUGUCAAUUCAUUUCGUGCUGAUCGAACAUGCGGUUUUUUUUGUUGAUGAGAUUUGAAGUUAUAAAUGGUUGCAAAACUAUAUAAAAAAUAAUUAUGUAUAUGUAUUCUCAUACAAAAAAAAACUUAUUGUGUAAAAUGAUAAUAAA